CACACAAGAAAACACAGAGCUGUAUGUAAUGGCUGAUCAAAGGCAAGCUGUCAAAGCCUGCUAAAUUUAUUUGUGAUAUUAAAGAUUAAUUUUAUUUUGAAUUUUUAGUAAGUCAUAUUAUUUUUUUUAGCCGUUCUGUUUGAGUAUGUGUUAAAUAAACGUGCAUUAUGUAGAUAAAGGUAGUUAUCACUCGUUGCAGUGAUAAAUUUGGCUCUUCGAGUGCAUUGUGAUCAGUAUUUAUUAAUAUACAUAUAACAUACAUAUAUAUACAUACAUACAUAGCAAUAGGUAUACAAAUAUAUAGAUAGACACAGUAUAUAUACAGGAAGAUUGAAGAUAAAAAGGACGUGAAUCAUGUAUUCCCAUCAUCAUCAUCACCAUCAUCAUCACCACAGAAGACGAGCUAAUAAUUUCACAUACGUGAGCUCCUGUGUUAAAUAUAUGAUUUUUAUGCUCAACUUUAUCUUCUGGCUUUUCGGAGGAUUGUUGAUAGGAGUAGGAAUCUAUGCGUUCUACGACAAAUUGCAAACCACUGGGACUAUUAAAGUCGAAAAUGUUUAUGAUAUUGUUCUUAAUAUCUCACUUGUGAUGGCUAUUGCUGGCGGAGUUGUGUUUAUUGUUAGUUUUGCUGGCUGUGUUGGUGCAUUGAGAGAGAAUACAUGUCUUCUUAAAUUUUACUCGUGGUGUCUACUAGCAUUUUUCUUGCUUGAAAUGGGAAUAGCAAUAGUUGGUUUUGUAUUUCCGCAUACAUUGCAAGCUGUUCUUGAAGAAUCAUUCACUGAUAAAAUAAUCCAGACAUAUAGAGAGGAUCCAGACUUGCAAAAUUUAAUUGAUUUUGGUCAACAAGAAUUUAAAUGCUGCGGGCUGAGCCAGGAGGGAUACUUGGACUGGCAAAAAAACGAGUACUUUAAUUGCUCGAGUCCCGGGCGAGAAAGCUGUGGUGUACCGUUUUCAUGUUGUAUCAACACUACGGAUAUAUCAAGCGGAUUAGUAAAUAUAAUGUGUGGCUAUCAAAUCCAGACGCUGCCAUCCUCGGAGGCGAGCAAGAGAAUAUGGAUAAGCGGAUGCAUUGAGAUAGUUAGGACAUGGGCUGAGCGUAAUCUCUAUACAAUAGCGGGGAUUGCUCUCGGUAUCGCGUUAAGUCAAUUGUUUGUGAUUUAUUUAGCUAAAACAUUAGAAGGACAAAUUGAAAUGCAAAGAGCACGCUGGCGUUCUUGAGGUUGACCUCAGGCCACCUCUCGAUACGAUUUUGCCUCGAGGCAUCAGGUGGCCGGUCGAUCAAAUCGUGGUCAAGAGCAUUCUGAAAGCUGUGGAAGUACUCGGAUGGGAAUGCUUGUCUUACUUGCGGUAAUACUUUACAUAAUGUGCAUUUUAUCACUUGUAAGACUCUCCCUCUACUUCAAAAAUUAUUUUUACAAGUAUCUUGAUUAUGGUUAAGUAACUAAAUUAAUUAUUCUAUAUAUAUAUUUAAAUUUAAGUUUUUAGAUUAAUAGAAUUUUGUCCUUUAUUGAUAUGAUAAUUUUAUCUUCUAUUCGCUCUUUAAAUGAAUACUUUAUUGAAAAAAC